AUGGCAGAGCUCUUCUCUCCAUCGUCUGCGGCCUCACAAGCUGCCAUUGCCGACCCCCUGGACACGGACGAUGUUCUGGCAGGGUUCCCGUCCUUCAGCUUCCCCCAGAGCAACGAUGUCUCGCCUCCGUUCCUGGGAGACGCCGACUCGUCUUCACCGUCGACCAUCUGGCGUCUCGAUGAGUUUGUGCAGGAUCCGGGAUAUCUCGCCUAUCAGGAGGAGCUGCGAUGUCUGAUCUUCAACACUGCGCAGACGGCCAAUCCCUCGCGCGAGGCCACGCCGACAGCCAACGAUGAGGCGGCAUCUGCAACAGUUCAAGUGAGGGACACAGCUGCAGAACAAGCCGAGAUACAGGCUGCCCACUCACUGCACCGUCAGACGGCGGCGGUGUUGUCUCAGGGUCGCCGCAUGGAGUAUCUACAGAAUUACGUCGGCAGCAUUGCGCCGUGGCUGGACAUGUUCGAUUCGUCUCGCGCAUUCGGCAUCCAGGUGCCUGUACUGGCACGGAAAUCCCCGGCUCUUCUCUAUGCGAUCCUAUCGCUAUCAGCUCGCCAGGUAGAGAGAAAGGAGAGAAAGAAGCACAGCUUCGACAGCCUGGAGCUGUACCAAGAAGCAAUUAGGCUCUUGACGCCGCUGCUGCAGUCCCGAGACGACCAGAUUAUCCCCAUCUGCACUGUACUAUGUGUUAUGGAGAUGAUGAGCGCCAGUGCGCAGGAUUGGAGAAGACACUUGGAGGGGUGUGCUGCGCUGUUUGAUGCUUUCGAAGUGCAUGGCUUCAGUGGUGGUUUACUACAAGCAGUCUUCUGGUGCUACGCAAGAAUGGAUCUAUGUGGUGCCCUGAUAUCUGAUGGCACUCAAGCUACCCUCGUACCCACGCUGAAGUGGCUUGCUCCAGGUGAAGACGAGAUCAAUGCCCGUCGACUCUUUCGAGAAACGAAGAGCCUCGACAUGCACGCCAACUACGCAGUCUACCUAUGUGCCAAAGCCUGCCAGCUCAUUGCGGACAGGACGCGAUUCGUGGAGCUCGGGGAAGCCAAUGGCUGCGGCAACGAGUCGUAUACACAACGCUGGUCCCAGCUAUGGGACGACCUGCAAGCGUGGCUCGACGAUCGACCGACAGACAUGUGCCCUGUUCAGGAGAUUGAGACUAAGUUUUUCCCGCAAAUUCUCUUUGUUCAUUGGGCUGCUAUCUCAUCCAACCAGCUCUACCAUACAGCUUGCAUCCUCCUCCUGAACCUCAAACCCAAGGCCGUAGCUCUCCAACCCGGCGUGACGAGUUCUUCGAUCUGGCACGCGAAGCGCAUCUGCGGAAUAUCCUUGACGAAUCCGCAUGAAGGAUGCUUGAAUAACGCAAUACAACCUCUCUGGAUCGCCGGACGACUCCUCAGCCACGAGUCUGAGCAUGUGCUGGUCGUCAAGCUCAUCCGAAGCAUCGAGGCCAUGACCGGGUGGGGCACAUGCUGGCGCAUCCCGGACCUAGAGGCUGCUUGGGGCUACAAAGUUCGACGAUGA